AUGUCUGGUUAUGGGAAGUCAGAGCUCGCAGAUUUCCCGCCUUCCGAUGCUGAAAAUCCAAUGUUCUACGGCACAUUCCUCCAAGCCCCGUACAAUCACCACCAUCUUCUACAGCCUACUGCAAACCAAGAUGUCGACUUCCAAUUCGUAUCACAAGACAUCAAACCUCCUGUUCAACAUAUGAGGAAUUUCAGUCUUCCACACUCUCGGGCACCUUCAACAAACAGUAUUCAACAGCCUAAUCUGAAACGGAAAGCUUCGCUUGCUGAAGAGUACGAUUUGCCAGCCCAGAAGAGAGCAGCAGUGGCACAGGUUCAAGUUCAGGAUCCUCAGGGUGAUUACUACGACCUCAGCGGUCAGACAUCGCCGGGGACACCAUUCGUACUCACCCCGACCGGCAGUACCGGGCUUCCAGUAUGUGCUCCCAAUUUUGCAUCACCAAAACCGUCUGGCCACCAUUACUCGACCUCGACGGCUUCCCAGGUCUCCUUGGCUGCUCCGUCACCGCAUACACCUGCUUUCAACAGUCCUUCCUUUGCUACUGUGAAGAGCGAGCAAAGUCCUAAAGCACCAGUGACGCCCAUUCCUCGACCAGCGACGAGCUCUCCAUUGAAGUCAUCGGUCCCUAAGUUGGUUCGCACCUCCACUAUGCAACAGUCUCCUCCUGGCUCUUUCACUGGUAUGGCCAUCGGACAACCGCAAGCCUUCAAUCCUUAUGCCAUGCACCCUCUAAAGGCGAAUUUGAAGUUGAGCGGUGAUCUGGAGACCAUGAAAGAGGCCUGGACUCAGGAUGAGAAAGAAGCUCGUCGCCGUCUCGUGGAAUUUCGACGAAGCCAACUUAACAGCACCAUCACGGCUGAAUUCAAGCCUGUCGCACCACAAGACCGUCAGCCAAGCAGCAUCUGCAUCUCGUGCAUCUGGUGGAAAGAGAAGAACGAAUUCUACGUCACCUCGGUUGACACCAUCUACCUACUCGAGGCUCUUGUUGGAGUGAGAUUCACUGUCGAGGAAAAGAACCGCAUCCGCAGGAAUCUGGAAGGAUUCAGGCCGAUGACUGUUUCCAAACUCAAGCCAGACAGUGAGGAAUUUUUCAAAGUCAUCAUGGGCUUCCCUCAUCCCAAACCCCGCAACAUCGAGAAGGAUGUCAAGGUAUUCCCAUGGAAGAUUCUGUCUACAGCAUUGAAGAAGAUCAUCUCCAAGUACUCCGCAAGCUAUUCUUCAACAGCUUCGGUCGUCAACUCGUCUUCAAUGUAUUCUGACAACCAUGUGGUCGACUUCAGAUACAUGCCUUCACCUCAACAAGAGUACAUGCCUGCAACUGGGUCUUACCCUGUCAUGAAUCCCGAAAUGCACUACAUGACGGCGCCCCAGCCGAUGCGCAUGCAAGCACCACCUCAGAUCCCCGAGCUUCAACUUCAAGUGCCAGAAUAUAGGGCCUUCGAUAACAAUGGCCAAUACUACUACCAAUUGGUCCAGACUCCUCAAGGAGCCAUGGCGAUGCACCCGGGUCCGAUGACGGCACCAAUCAACCGCCCUAACAUGGACUUCGCCUUCGCCAAUGCCGGCACAGUCACCACUGCUCCGCACAGCGCUCCGGCGACCGCGUACCAACACACGUUCUUCGAAAACAACGAGUUCGUGCCUCCAAUGCACUAUCAGCAACACUGA